AUAUGGCCGAUCUGUGAACCGCUUGGGUAACUUAUGCUUCUUUCGUCUGCACGCGCACACACCAGCGAGAAAGCUAUUUUCUUUGGGGGUCUAUGAAAAGAAUGCCGAUGAAGACGGGAGACGGAGAUUCGAGCGGUAUUCCAUCCAACGUCCCUGCGUUUUUAGUGAAAUUGUGGAAGCUGGUUGAAGAUCCACAAUACGAAGAGCACAUUUCAUGGAACAAGAAUGGAACCGGAUUCCUGGUCCACGAUCAGGCUACGUUUGCACGCGAAAUCCUUCCCAAGUAUUUCAAGCACAAUAACUUUGCAAGCUUCGUUCGCCAGCUGAAUAUGUAUGGGUUUCGAAAAGUCAUUGGUGCUGAGCAAGGAGGUCUGCGAUCAGAGAAGGAUGAGUGGGAAUUUUUUAAUGGAAAUUUCAACAAGUAUCAUCCUGAAUUGUUGGAGAAUGUCAAGAGAAAGGUUUGUGCAUUGUUCAAAGUCAGCAAAUGCUGUGAUUUUUUUCUGGUGACAGCAAGUUCAUUUUGACAAACUUAAACAUAC